AACCCUACAUGACUGCGCAUCACCAGCACUGUACCCCUAUAUACGUACAUAUAUGUAUACAUAUGUAUUACCUCGCUUUAGCUGUUUUUUUUUUUAAUUUUAUUUAAAGAUGUAUUGACACCAGGUGCUGCAGUUAAUGCAAAAAUGGAGAGCGCAUCAGGGCAAACUCGGGGUUAAUCCUUCUGUGAGAUAAGAUUACUGAGAGCUGUCACUGCAUUAUACCCUCAUAUUUUACGUUUGCAAAUUUAUAGACGUCUUAAAUUAUUGUCUAAGCGUUUGUUUUGGUAAAUAUGUUUAAUUAUAACAAGCUAAAAAUAUAAAAAUAUCAAAUUCUAAAGAAACGUUUUGGCCUUUUUGAUGGUGUCACGAUUUACCUCCCCUUGUUCUAUUUUAAAAAAAAACAACGCACAAAAUAACACGCAAGUAAUACACAAGAAGCAGAUAAGCUCAGUUUACAUACACACCAUUAGGUGUCUCCAGCUAUCUUUGCAGGUGCUUCUCAUUAUGUGCAGUGAAAUAUGAUGGGGGUUACACUGUUGCUGUCACCUGCAGUCUUUGUUAAGAUCUUCAUGUCAAUUUCUCUACUUUACUUCCUUUUUUAAAAUGAAUAAAUAAAUAAAAAAUUGAAAUUUUUCUCCAAAUGAGCCAAGUGAGAUGUUAAAGUUCAGGGUCAGAUAGCCCAGAGGCUGCUAAAUAUUUUUUACUUUCCCAUGCAAUCAAAAGCAAACUCUCUAUUUAUAGCUUUGUGAUUCAGAGUGAGAGGGCAAAAUCUGAUCACAAGUCACUUAUAGCCUUAAUUCAUAGUGGUGAUAUCACUGGCUUUGGUGGAUUUCAGGAAUUUAAUUUUGUCUCUGAGGUUAGAGAGGGACGGGUGCAGGCGGUAUUAUUAUUCAGUUCAGUCCCUUGAUACUAAGCUUUAUAAUUUGUAACAGAUGUGCGUGUAUGUACAUGUGUUUGUGAGUAAGAGGGAGCACUAUGAUCUGUGCAUGCAGGGAUGCUGGGGUAGCUUGCUUGACAAGGAGACGUGCUUAACCACACACAGCUCCAGCAGUGUGGCGAGGGCUGCUUUAGUGUCACACAUAAACUCAGACACGCAGACACUCAAACGCGAGCACACAGACACACACAAACACACACACAGAGACCAUGCUGGUGUUCUGCCAUAGCACAUACUCAGCCAUGUGCGAUAAGUGGCCCCAGAGUUCUUAGUUCCAGAGGCUGCAGAUGACUUUUGUGGGCGACCACCUAUCUCUCUAUGAGGUCCCGUCAGUCUUAGCCCAGCCUAGACCACAAUGCCUGCGGAUAAACCCGUCCAUUCUUUAGUCAGACUAGUUUGGUUGUAGGGAGAGAAUGUGUUUUGAUCACAAUAGCAUAAUUGGAAAAAAAUUGGGGAGUGCAAAGAGAGCACGCUAUAAUUUGUGUUUUCAAAUUAAAUCUGCUUGCACUGCAUUUUCAGCACAUUGCAAACAACCGGGGAGGCACUGCCUCUUGUUAGUGACUCAUUUUGAUUUCUCUUUUACUCGCUUCACCCCAACAAAAUCUGAUCUGCUUUCCCAAUUUUGUUAUUCGGCAGUUGUGAUGCAUGUCACCCGGAAAAGCCAAGUUUCAAGAUCAUGCAGCAAACAAGAGUGAAAGCCCUAGUGUGUUUGAGUGGGUGUUAGAAGAAGUGAAGUGUGCUGCAGUGCAGUGCACUGAUCACACACAUUCAAAAGGAAGGGGGAAAAAAAAACAGCCGCAACUGUAAGCAAAGUCAGUCAGGCCUGAACUGAGGAGGUGUGUCACAAGGGCUAGAGUGGGCAGGAGAUUAUCAUCUGUUCAAACCAGAGAAAAAGAGCAUCGGCGAAGACUGAGCUGAAUGCUCACUCGCCCUUACUUUGAAAGACUACGAUGAGUGGUGCAGAAAUGAGUUUUCAGCACGAAGAGCAAGAGUUUGAUUUCAACUACAUUUUUGAGUACAGCCAAGGUGUCCAGAAGGAAGGGGAGAAAGAUGCAUACAGCUACACACCAAACGUCAGCCUGUCUCUUCCUCUGGGUAUGGGCAGCCCCUGUCUGGCCACUCAGUACCAUACCUUACAGUCCAGUCCAGUCAUCUCAGUUUCCUCUUGUCACCAGACGGGAUACAGCAGUGACAAUCAUGCAGCAUCAGGUUAUUAUCUGCCGCACAGCUUGAGACCCAAUGGUGCUCCAGCCCUGGAAAGCCCCCGCAUUGAGAUCACUGCCUACAGCCAGUACCCUGAGGAUGAGGUUGAAGAGAGCAGCAGUGAGGACCACUUCGUCAAACGGGGGGUCAACAUUGUCACACUGACGCUCCCCAAUGCAGAGGGGUACCGUGAUCCCAGCUGCCUCAGCCCUGCCAGCAGCAUUUCGUCACGCAGCUGCAACUCUGAGGCGUCAUCCUAUGAGUCAGGGUUCUAUAACUACGACAACUCCCCGCAGAACUCCCCCUGGCAGUCCCCCUGUGUUUCUCCCCGAGGAUCAUCCAUGCUUCUGUCAUGCCCACAUGCCAGUGGCCCCGCAGGGUCCCCUCACAAUUCACCAUCCACCUCCCCUCAAAUUGGAGCCAUGGCUGAGGAAGGCUGGCCGGCACAACCUCGUGGCUCUAGACCAAACUCCCCUUCCUACAGUGGAGGCGGUGGAGGCGGUGGAGGCGGCGGUGGCAGCAUGGGGAAGAGAAAGUACAGCUUCAACGGCACCUCCUACCAUCAAACGCCCUGCUCACCCAACCAGUCAGCGACACCCUCUCCACAUGGCUCCCCCAGGGUCAGCGUUACGGAUGAUAACUGGCUUGCCAACACCAACCAGUACACCAACUCUGCCAUCGUGGCUGCAAUCAAUGCUCUAACCACAGAUGGGGUGGUAGACAUGGGGGAGGGAAUCCCAGUCAAGACACGGAAGACGAUGCUGGACCACUCAGCCUCCAUGAGUCUGAAGGUGGAACCUGGAGGCGAGGAGCUUGGUCCUGAUGGAGAGCUCUGCCAUGAGGACUACCCCUCCCGCCUGGCCCUCAAGAAGGAGAGCUACUGUGGGGGGUUCCUGGAUGUGCCUCAGCACCCAUACUCCUGGUCUAAACCCAAGCCUUACCUCAGCCCAUCUUUGCCAGCACUUGACUGGCAGCUUCCAUCCUGCUCCGGCCCUUACAACCUACAGAUAGAAGUGCAGCCAAAGUCCCACCACAGGGCUCAUUAUGAGACUGAGGGGAGCCGAGGAGCCGUGAAGGCCUUGUCUGGAGGACACCCUGUGGUACAGCUUUAUGGCUACAUGGAAAGCGAGCCGCUCACCCUGCAGCUGUUCAUAGGGACCGCAGACGACCGCCUCCUGCGACCACAUGCCUUCUACCAGGUCCACCGCAUCACGGGCAAAACCGUCUCCACCGCCAGCCAUGAAGUCAUGCAAUCCAACACCAAAAUUCUGGAGAUCCCUCUGCUGCCUGAGAAUAACAUGAGAGCUAUAAUUGAUUGUGCGGGAAUCCUGAAGCUGCGUAAUUCAGACAUUGAGCUUCGCAAAGGGGAAACGGACAUCGGACGUAAAAACACACGUGUGAGGCUUGUGUUUCGCGUGCACAUCAACCAACCCAAUGGCAGGACCGUGUCCCUACAGGCCACUUCGAACCCCAUUGAAUGCUCCCAGCGUUCGGCUCAAGAGCUUCCCUUGGUCGAGAAGCAAAGUAUGGACAGUUGCCCUGCCACGGGAGGCAAAAUGAUACUUCUAAACGGACUCAACUUCCUGCCCGAGUCCAAGGUGGUAUUCGUGGAGAAGGCCCAGGAUGGGCAUCAUCUUUGGGAGACGGAAGCCAAAGUUGACAAGGACUCCAUCAAAUCAAACGCUCUUGUUGUGGAGAUCCCGCCAUAUAGAAACCAGAGAAUAUCCAGCUCGGUGCAGGUUAACUUCUACGUCUGCAACGGCAAGAGGAAGAGGAGCCAGUCCCAGCGCUUUACCUACCUUCCUCCAAAUGUGCCGAUCAUAAAGACAGAACCCCACGAUGAAUAUGAUUCUCUGGGUACCGUGGGGCUCUCCAUGCAUUCCACUCCUUACUACAGCCAGCCAAGACUCACUCCCAUCAUGCCUGUGGCUGACCCUGAAGCCUGCCUGGUUGGGGGCUACCCUUCGUGCCCACCUCGCCAUGCUGCCAUGCCAUCGUCACCCCCCAGUUCAAGCCCCACCCUUCAUGACCUGUCUCCUGUGGCAUUCAGCAAGUGCCUCCCCAACAGCCCCACCCACGCAGCAGCACCACCGGGACCCAUGGUAGCGCCCCCUAUUCAGGACAACCCUGGCCACCCUAAUCUCGCCCACCCAUCUUCGCCAGAUAACAACUCUUCUCUAGGGUUGCUCCACUCCCAGGGUAGCCCCAACCACCUCAACAGCCCAGGACGCCAUAACUACCACCCUAUCUAUACCAACAGCAGCCCCUCAUCUUCCCCAGCGUCCCACCCUUCCACUCCAGUUGGGCCUGCGGAGAGCCCAUUCGUUCAGGCCUACAGCCCAGUUGGCUCAGCCCAAGCUGGAGGGAGGUCACCAAGCUUGCUACCUGAGGAUGCCAGCCCACCUUCGAUGGCCAUCACCGUCAAGCAGGAGCCCCAGGAACUGGACCAGAUGUACCUAGAUGACGUUAAUGAGAUCAUCAGGAACGACCUCUCCAGCAUCUCGGUGCACACUCACGCAUAGACCAUUUGAGUCUCCUGCAGCAGCAGCACAUACACGUCCAAAAGCAGCAUCAACAAACAAGGACAAAAACAGCCAGAGAUCCAGAUUAUAAAGAAUAAAAGUUUGACCAGGAUCUCCCACCUAACUAACGAUGCCACCCGCUCCUCUUCAGUCUCAGACUCUCUGCAGGCUCACAUUGACAAUCACUGGCAAGCUCCAUUUGAAUAAACAGGUGAAUGUUAUAUUUACAGAAACGAAAAAAGGGAAGUGAUAUAUCAGGGGCAAAGUAUACGAUUACACUUGCCUUAAUUCGCAGCUGAUGUUUAGUGGACCAAACAACUCAUAGAGACUGAGUUAUUUUCUGUCGUUAACAAAUGACAAUCUUCAUUUCGAGUGUGAUCUGUAUGUUAAUGCAUGGACAAGCUAAUGGGACAAUAAGUGUCAAGCUUCAUCACUUUGGUUCAUUUGUCUGCACAGUCAGUCCGCAUCAACCAACUCGGUGCCUUACAGCAGUGCUAUUGACAGCAAGCAGCAGCAGCAGUCAGGCAAAUGCAAACGGUUCAGUGUAAAAACCCGACUGAAGUUUUCUAUGACAUUUUUUGUAUUAUUUCAAUUAUUUGUUUACAGGGAAACAAAAAGGCUGGAACAUCUAUAGGAAGCAUGUCAACUGAUUCGAAUUUUGUUUUUGCCUGCUUCCUUAUUAUCUUUGUUCAUUUAUACGGAAUUUUAUGUAUGAUAUUCUUUUGUAUAAACAUGUAUUUGAAAAUAUGUAUGCCUUAUGCUCAUAUCAUGCAGUUUGUUAUCCCCCCGCCCCCUCCCCUGUCUUUCCCUGAUAUGAUUUUGUAGCAUUUCUGCUACCCUUCACCUUUACUUUUUCACCUUGGUGCCUAUUUCCUCAUCAUCCUUUCCUGGUCUUCCAGUUUUCCACCCAGAUCAUGACAUAAUGAUGCAAGGACAAUCAGAGGAUUUUUUUUAAAGUACAUAUCCUAUCAAAAUUCCUGGUUUACAGGAGCUUAAUAAGGCAGGUAUCAGUUUUAUUCUUUCCCAGCUGAGAGAUUGUUGAACAAAGGUAAAUGUACCUGCUGGAUUUAAAGGGGAAUACUUUUAUAGAUUUGUCUGUUACUUGUUGCUCUGCAGGUUUGCAUGUAAAUAGGCACAGGGAUAAUCUAUACCACGGGCUCAGUUUUCCUCAUCAUCUAGGUGAUUUCACUGAGGAGCUGACAGGACUGUUACUUACAGCUGGCAAUAAUUGAUCUGAGUAGACCAAAGGAUUUUAUCUUUGGUGAAAUUAUUGUCAAAGUUUUUUUUUUCUCUGACUGAGACUUUAGCAUAGGAUGGUUCCAUCAUACGAAAAAAAAGACAUGCACUUUACCGUAAACACAGAGCCGAUUUUCUUGCCUCCAGACCAAAUAUUGUAGACUGAUUUCCACUGUAGUGUCAUAAACGCGCUUCUGUCAACUCUUCACAUAAACGCAGUCUUUUCCAUGUCGUCUGGCUUUUGGAGCAUGCACACUGUACUGAUGUUGGGGAUCAUUUAGCUGAUAGUAGCUUCCAGGAUAGCUUUCCUAAUACAUUUUUCAACAUAUAUUAUAAUAGCAUGGCUAAACUCUAUCAAUAAGGUUUGUAUUUUGUGCCUUACUACCUUUCUUGGCUACAAAAUUGUUGCAACUCUCUAAUGCUUUUCUGUGUAGGCACAAGGUGAAAUAUAUUUCUCUUUAAUAUUAAAUAUUUAUGAAAAAAAAUGAAAUGUGUUUUAAGUGCAUUUAAUGUGUUCUCAAAAAUGACCUAAUAAAUGGCAUAUUGGUGACCA